GGGCGCGGCGGGUACCCGCGGCCGCCACCAGAGGGCAGCCAGGGAGCGCGCGCGGGCGGCAGGGCCGGACCCCCGUAGGUUUCUUUUUUCCUGUCUCCAACAUGUGAGUUCCGAGAUACCAAGAAUGGCAUCUGUCUUGUUCACCCCAGUCUUCCCAGUCCUCAGAAAGCAUCCGGCAGAUAGUAGAUGUGACUCCUACCCUGGGCUGGAUGCUCUGAGCCAUGGCAGACACCAUCUUUGGCAGCAGGAAUGACCAGUGGGUCUGUCCCAAUGAUCGGCAGCUUGCCCUGCGAGCCAAGUUGCAGACAGGCUGGUCUGUGCACACCUACCAGACUGAGAAGCAGAGGAGGAGCCAGCGCCUCAGCCCAGCGGAGGUGGAGGCCAUCCUGCAGGUCAUUCAGCGGGCCGAGCAGCUGGACGCCCUGGAGCAGCAGAGAAUCGGGCGGCUGGUGGAGCGGCUGGAGACCAUGAGGCGAAAUGUGAUGGGGAAUGGCAUCUCUCAGUGUCUGCUGUGUGGGGAGCUGCUGGGCUUCCUGGGCAGCUCCUCGGUGUUCUGCAGAGACUGCCGGAAGAAAGUCUGCACCAAAUGUGGGAUCGAGGCCUCUCCUGGCCAGAAGAGGCCCCUGUGGCUGUGUAAGAUCUGCAGUGAGCAAAGAGAGGUCUGGAAGAGGUCGGGGGCCUGGUUCUACAAAGGGCUCCCCAAGUAUAUCUUGCCCCUGAAGAGCCCUGGCCGAGCUGAUGACCCCCGCUUCCGACCUUUUUCUGCGGAGCCAGCAGAGCCUGAGCCCAGAAGCACUGAGACCAGCCGCAUCUACACGUGGGCUCGGAGCAGAGUGGUUUCCAGCGACAGUGACAGUGACUCGGAUCUCAGCUCUUCCAGCCUGGAAGACAGAUUCCUGCCCACUGGGAUCAGGACCAAGAAAGGCAGCAAGCCUGGAGGGGAGUCGGGUGGCAGCAUGGAGUCUCCCAGAAUGGGGCUCACUCAUCCACCCAGCCACCUCUCCGGAAGCCAGAGCAGCCUGGCCAGCGAGACUGGAGCAGGAGGCUCUGCAGACCCUCAGGGGGGCACCCCGCCCCAGCCUGAGCCCAAGGGCCCUGGCAAAAGACACACCUGGGGGACUCCCCGCUGCUGAUGGGUGCCAGCUUGGAGCAUGGAGCCAGCUUUUGGACGGGAGGCUGAAAGCAGGAAAAAGCUGUGGCCAGGCAUCCUGGACCCUCCCCGACCUGUGCUCAUCGCAUCAGUGUUUGGGGGCCGAAUCCAGUGCCCCCACCUAGUGCCUUUCUGCACCCUUCCAUGGGAGCCCUCCUCGUCCACCAUUCCCCCCUCCCAGGCUGUUGUCUUUAUUUAUUGUCUCCCCUGUGUUUUGGUGGGUCUUGGGUUGGGCUAGAAGGCUUUGGGGCCCCUCUCAUGGGGCCUCCCACAUGCACUGAAGUUCUGGUAGGGACACUGCGUGGGCCCUCUCUGUGUCUGUGUUAACAGCAAGAGCUGUAACCCUGGCGUACCCCUCAAAGCCGAGCAUGGCCCCUCCAGUGAGUGAGGAAGCCGGGGCAGGUGGAUGAGGGGUAAGCACAUCCUCCCCGUCCCUCAGCUCCCCGGCAGGCAGGAGCAGCAUCCACCUUCCCCGGGCACUGGCUCCUUGUUUGGUUUCUUUGAAUCCUUCUGGGUUUCCACGCAGCCAGAGCACCUGGCUCCGGAAGACAUGAACUCACGUCUCUUCAGUAGGUUAGGGGGCAGAAGUGCCUGCUUGCCAAGUGCUGAGUUCAAUUCCCAGUUCCCAAAAACAAACAGCAAAAAAUGCAACCAAAUGCUCCUGGAAACGUUCCCUGAAGCGAGAGCAUUUGUGUGUACAGUGUCCUCACACUCCUGUCCUUCCUGUCCCCCUGCACGGGAGGGGACCAGGUUCUCCAGGGGCCUUCUCUGCUCCAAACUGGUAGCUUUCUGCUCUUGCCACGUUUCUCUGGGACAUGCUGUACUUCAGAAUUAAAACAAUAAAGAUUAGAAUUUGCAUUGAA